AUGAAGAGGGAGGAACAACACAGAGAGGCGGAGGACAGGGAUGAGGAUGAGAAGGCGGAGGAUGCGUUGAGAAACAACACACCCGGCUUGAAGUAUUUGGAAUGUGUACGUCGCUGUGGGAGCUCCGGCACCGUUGAACAGAUGCGUGACAUGGCCAUCAUUCUUCGUGCAGUUGAGGAUGAAUGGCGACAGCAGCUUCCAACAGAUGUCUCUGAUUCUACGGGAGAAGAGUUGAUGCGAAAGCGAGGCUCACAUCCUCUUAUCACGAGUAACCACCGCUGGCUGGUAAAUGCCAUGUGUAUUGUUUUGAAAUUUGUUUCUCAGACAUCGGGGAGCCUCUGCCUUACACCUUUAUGUCAGUCAGAGCAGCAGAGAGAGUGCCAGCGCCCCAUGCCGUACCAAGAGAAGGAUUUCUACUACAUGAACCUCCUCUUGACAUGUUGCUGCGUUGCAGGCGAACAAAUUCCAAAGAAAAUUUCACAUUUUGCUCUGUGCCUCACGGAGUUUACCCUCUCCAAUGUUCUUAUGGGUAGAAGAGGCGGUGAGGAUGCACCUCUGCUUAAAAGAGAUACGAAUGACCGUUUUGCGGACGAGAGGGAGAAUGCCGGCGGGCAGGGUGAUGGAAUGGAUUCUGAUGCGGAGCGGAAGGGCUUGGCUGGUGACCGUGCGUCAAAUGAGGAGGCAAAACGGCAAUACAUUGCGGCGAGUGCACUUUGCACGACAACAUUGAGUUUUCUUCGGUGUUGUUACAAAUACGGGAGUGUGACGCUGAAGAAUGAGCACAUCCGUUGGCUGUCAGCGUUGUUGCGGCAACAGGUUAUGCUCUGGGAACGAUGGUUGCGUCGUGCUGUGUUACUCAAGUCCUUGGUUUGCAAGAGUGCGAAGAGCUCACUGCGACAUACACCACAUACAGUUCAGAGCGACACCGGCAGGGUGUUGGACCAACAAGGGCCACACGAGGAGGCGUGUAGUUUUGUUUGGUGGCAUACGCGGAUUCUUUUGGAUUAUCUUUGCGUCUUCAGUGAUAUGUUUUCUUUGGGGGUCGCAUGUCAAUUUGUGAAUGACACGGCACCCUUUUGUACCUCGAUGCAGGAACUCGGUAGGGUGCUGCAGAUGACCUGCUGGAUUGACUUGGACGGUCUUAAGGCUACGCCGUCUGGUACGUAUGCCGUUGCAUUUGGGGUUGUUCCAUUCCCUGUUCUUGCGGCCACGGAGCGACGUUUCUUUAUUGGCGCGAUGCUCGUUUAUGCCAUGAGCGCCACAGCGGAUACUCUCUUGGCAUUCCAAAGGUGUAUGGAGAAUAACCAGGCGUAUUUUGGUGACAUAGAUGAAUCUGGGGAUACUACCGAAAAGGAUGAUACCAAAACCGUUUCUUUAACGGGCACCACGGAAUCGUCUGGAGGAAAUGUCGCCUGCGUCACAGAAGAUUCAUUGAUCGCGAGACGGUUGUGGGUGAAUGAUUUUUUUCUGAGUGUUUUACUGCCGUCGUUUGGCCGCGUGAUGCAGGCCAUUGCCUUCUGUGUUCCCGAUGAGUCCAUGCUGUCGGCCAUACUUCGCUUGGGCCGCUCUGUGGAGUUUCAAUACGUUUCGCAUAUCGAAGGGGCGAAGGAUCAUGAGGCACGGGAGCGGCGGAGUGGUAAAACUCACGUGUUGUCCACAGAUGCCACGACCACGCGUCAGACGACCAGUCAAGAGAAGAGGUUUUUUUUCCAGGGGAUGACUCUUCCCUCCUCCUCUUCCCCCUUCUCCAUCUGGACAUCCACGCCAUUCUCAGAGACUCUUCGGGUCGCCAUGGGAGUCAUGGCAUUGGCAAACAACUUCCAGCAGGCGUUAUUAUCCCACAUCUCCCGUGUGUUUGCCCCUAUGGUCACUCGCGAGGACGUGAUGGCGGGAUGGAUGUUGGAUAAGUUUAGGAAUCUACCACACCCUCAGCAGGGGAAUGCCUUUUCCCGCUGCCAGAUUUUGUUGCAUGUUGUGGAGAAUUUUGUGCUGCACGUCCCAUGGGCUGGUUGGGCAUCACAGUCGUUGGAAGUUAUCUGCAAUGUGGAAGAUGCGUCUUUGUCUUUGGCGGGAGGGGAGGGGGAACAUGUCGAGUCGGAGGUCUCUUCUCUUUCCAUUUCUUCCAAAAAGGAGAGGAUUGCGCACAGUGGGUAUAACGCUCUUCGUGUAGGGAAAGAUGUACAGGCGUCAUCGAAAACAUCUUCUGCAUGUAUUGGAGCCUCAAGAAGUAGUCAUUUGUUCUCAUCUCCUGUUCCUCCACCUCUAUUUGAAGCAACGUACGUGACAGUUAUUUCCUGCAUGCUGCUGCGCUUGGCAUCCAUUGACUUUGAUGGGCCCCGGGGACUGGAGCUUCGGAAUGAGGUGGAACCAAAUCGGGUCCGCGCUGUGUUGUUUGGUUUGAUCGAGAAUUUUUUCCGUGGCAUUGAUGAUGCGGUGUUUCGGCGGUCAUCCAUGCGUGAAGAACUCCGAAUACGACACCGACAACAACAACAACAACAACAACAACAACAACAGCAAAAGGCGCAGAAUGAAGGAAGCGGGAGCGGAGUAGUUUCAUCGUUUUCAUACAUAUGGGAUGGACUGAUGAAUUCCCUGUCGAUAUGGACACCACGAGAGAGCGAUACGGUACGUGCUAGGAGAGCAGAGUGGGCGGCGAUUGAUGCAUAUGUGGAUAAUCAUCAUUCUCUUAUUUGCAGCAACGUUGUGUACAUUGCCACCGCACUCUAUGCGAUAGAGCGGGAGUUGUCCUCUCGACUUCCUUCUGCUGCCGUGGCAGACGUCCAGUCUACGCCUUAUACGUGUCUGCAGCGCCUUGCCCAACAUUCAUUGGAGUCUCUCUUGUCAGACGCCGACGUGCCCGCCACGUGGCGUUUUUUGCCCCUGUCGACUUUCUGCACGAAUGAGGUGUCAUUACGUCCUGCCACAGCGGGGAUGUUGGAUGGAAUUGUGGAUGUCCCUGUAAAUUCCCUCUUGCCAUUGCGAUGGCUGGUCUCAUCCAUGCCGACAGAUGUGCCACGAGAUUCAGGGAAGAGUCGGUGGGAGGGCCCGCCGGUAGAAGGAUUGCUGCUCCAACAGGCUUGUGCACUUGUACGUGUCAUGACAAUCAUUGCCGCCUUGACACAAAAUACAACAAACGAGCGAGGCGCGGAGGCAUCAAUAUACACGACGUCUAAGGAAUUUUCUACUGCAGCCGCACCGAUAUUUGUGUUACAUCCUGCGGCACUUUCUUUUUUACAGUGGCGUAAACUAAGUUUUGCCCUACAUGCCAUGCGUCACGCGGAGGAACACAAUAUCGCCCCCACACCAAACGUCAAAGGUUGCCCAUUUCAGCACCUGCAAGGCUGCACCAAGGAUGCGCAAGGGGUGACACCUUGUAUGCAUCACCUGCAGCCACAGGGGCAGGAGUUGAGUGAAGAAAAGAAUCAUCUCUGCUUUGCGUGCUGUACGAGCGUGGAGUGUGAACGGCGGUAUCUUAAGCCUUACAUUGAAGCAGGCCUUUCGUUUAUGAAUCGUUCGCGAAUGGAUGUUUUGAUUUGCCGUGCCACAACAGCCGAAGAGCGUCGUGGACUAUUUAUGGUCUUGUUAAUGCUUCGACGAGCCUUUAAGGGGUUUUUUGUAUCCUCUGAUUUCUCCAUGGACGAAGACGAGAGCAAAUGGAGAGGUGUGAGUAAAGGACAUUGUAGUGAGCCAUACGAGGAGUGUCAUGAACACAAACGGCAUCCUAUUUUGCUACGAAAGCAAUCAAGACGUGAAGCGGAGCGGGCUUUGCUGCUGAUUAUUGCUGCCUUUGCUUUUGGCAUCCGGCCUCUGCGGUGUGCAGAGGAGUUAUUGUACUGA